AUGGAGGGGUUGCUGGAGGAGGGCCUGCUGUCGCUCGGCUUCGUGUUGCUGGUGGUGGCGCUACUCGGCGGCCUCAUGCUCGUGGAGCGACGCACCUUUGCGCGGGCCUUCGCCCUGGACGACCGGCGGCGCGAGCGCGAGCGCGUCAUGUGGGAAGAAGACGAUGUCGACGAAGAUCAAGACGACUCGUCGAGCGUCGACGACCACACCGACGACGACGAUGACGAGCGCUACAUUUUCGAGGGAGCCGACACAGUGGUGACGUCGAGUAUCUACGACGAGCACCGACGAGGGCGCCAAGCCGUUGAAGGCCGCGUGACGUGGCAGACGCGGCUUCUCAGCAUCAACGGCGAGGAAGACGGCCGAGGUGGUGAGCUGAGUAGCGCCAACCACAGCCGGGCGGGCAGCAUAGCGAGCGUGACCAGCGACGACGGCGACGAUGGCGACGAGGCCAGCUUUGCCAUGCAUCGUCUCAACCGCGUCAUCAGCGCCGCGACGAAGAGGCACUGCUGCGACGUGCCAGCCACCCUCGAGUCCUCGACCUACCUUGCACCCAAACAACACUUCGCAAUCGCGUGA